AUGGAGGCAUCUUUGUUCAAAAAUUUGGUAAGGGAGGUAGAGCAUAUUACGAAAACAAUUCCACCUGAAAAUCUUCAAGUUUCACCUACAUCUAAACAAAAUGAUGUAUCAAAUUUACUAUGUAUUCUUAUUGGAAAUUGGGUUGGUGGUGGUGGAGGACAUCGUUUUAGAGGAAGAUGUUGUUUAAGACCAAGAGGAGGAGGACGAGCAAUCAUAAUUCACCAACAUUAUAUCUAUGUUGUACAUCAUACAAUUGAUAACACCGAUUAUACCAUAAUUCGAGAGCUUGAAACCCAACUUAAUAAUCAUACUAAUGAACUUAACGAUUGCAGAAAACAUAGAAAUGAAGUCGAAAUUAAAAUUAACGAAAUCAUCACCAGUCAUCUUAAUAUGAAUAUUAGCGAAGUUGAAAAUAAAACUAAUGUUGAAAAAUUAAACACUAUCCUUUAUGGUGUUAUCAACCAAUUUGAUGGAAAAAUUAAAAAAUUAGUAAACGCAUGCAAGGACCUUACCUUGACCGGUCCUGUUCAAGAAAGAUUAUGGAAAUGCUUAUGUUAUGUAAAUCAAUAUAAAUGCCCUAGAACCUUUGAAGUAUUUGUUUCUAACUUUGAUAAAAACAUGGAUGAAUUGACAAAGGCCUGUCACAGAAAUAAAAAACAAGAAUUAAACAAUGAUGCGAGAUACAAGAAUAAAGCAUUUGAACCCAAAUCUAAUAUUAGUUUUGUUGGGAAAUUAAGCAGAUGCCAUUAUUAUAUGGUUGGAAAAAGUAAGGAAACAAGUGUUGUGACCAUGGUUGAUAAUUUGUUACAAGCAUGUAAAAAUAUUUACUGGAUGUCUCCAGGUUAUAACCUUCUAUUUGACAAAUAG